AGUUGACGGUAGACGCUGUAACGCUGCGCAACGCAAAAAACUCGCGAAGUGCCCGUGACCGAGUCAUUUUAAAGCUGGUAUCAGAGGCAUGUCCAAAGGAAAACCAAUCAACAACAGAGAUAUUUCAACACAUCAUCAUUCUUACAACGGUUCAUUUUAACAACACAAGUCUUCAGUCUCAUAUUUUAUUUCAUUUAGUAUAGUGCGUUGUGCGUGCGAGUGACUAGAUAUAGAAGAAUUUGGAGACUUUUUUUUGGUUUUAUGUCCAUAAUUGGAGAUGGGACGAAGUAAUGUCCAUGUUAUAUGUGCUGUGCUGAUUUUUAUUUUAACAAUUGUUGAUGCCGGGAUUUUGGACACUUUCAGUUGGGCGAGAUCCGACAAGAUCGAAGUGAGCUUGCCUUGGUUGCCAUUUGAAAAUGAAUCCAGAUGCUACGAUGAACUGGGUUGUCUUAACAUUACUAGAAGUUGGUAUCACCUGAUCAACAGGCCAUUCAACGUUUUUCCAUUACCGAGAUCUGUGAUAAACACUAGGUUUAUACUGUAUACGAGAACUAACCCUACUGAGGGUCAAUUAAUAAAGGCUCAAAAUCAGUCCAUCAAUGAGUCCAACUUCGACAUCGAGAAAAAAACUAAGUUCAUUAUACAUGGAUUUAUCGACACGCCUUUAUCAAAUUGGGUUGGCGACAUGAGAGAUGAACUUCUAAAGGCAGCAGACGUAAAUGUCAUCGUAGUAGACUGGGCAGGUGGAAGCCUACCUUUAUACACCCAGGCUACUGCGAAUACGAGACUAGUCGGUAUGGAAAUAGCACACUUGAUCAACUAUUUGGUGAAAAAAUAUGACUAUGACGCAAGAGAUGUCCAUAUAAUCGGGCAUUCUCUAGGAGCCCAUACAGCAGGCUACGCAGGAUCUUUGGUGUCAGGACUGGGCAGGAUAACAGGACUGGAUCCUGCUGAGCCAUAUUUCCAGGGAAUGCCGGCUCAUGUGCGCCUUGAUCCAACCGAUGCUGAACUCGUUGACGUCAUACAUACUGACGGAAAAGGAAUUUUCUUUUUAGGCUAUGGUAUGUCACAACCCUGUGGUCAUCUAGAUUUCUACCCUAAUAAUGGUAAAGAACAACCAGGUUGUGAUAUUACACAAACACCUUUAGUACCAUUAACCUUAAUAAGAGAUGGCCUGGAAGAAGCCUCAAGAGUGUUAGUGGCUUGUAACCACGUUCGAGCUAUAAAACUUUUUAUCGACAGUAUAAACACACAAUGUCCCUACAUAGCUCAUCAAUGCGCAAAUUUUAACCAGUUCAUGGGAGGAAAAUGUUUUAACUGCAAACCUGGAUCUAACUGUGCUAUAAUGGGAUACCACGCCGAUAAUACGCCAGGUUUAGACAACGAGGUCUCGCCACAGACUAAAAUUGACACCAUAGGGUCGAAAUAUUUCCUUACCACUGGACGGGAAUAUCCGUAUUGCAAUCGCAUGUACCGCAUAAGCGUGGAACUGGCGAAACCGGGCCUGGCCGAGACCUGGGUGCAAGGCUUCGUGAGAGCCUCUCUGUACAGCCCGGCGGGCGUGAUACACGCCGACCUAACCUCGUCCGGGGACACGAGGCUAGAGCACGGUACGACUUACACGACCGUAGUCUCGCACCCGGUGGAUUUGGGCGGGAGCGUCAGGAAAGUGGAGUUGAAUUGGGAGUACGACAUGAACGUUCUGGAGCCCAGGACGUUGUGUUUGUUUUGGUGCAACGACCAUUUGUAUGUUAAGAGCGUGAUGGUGGACGAGAUGGAGAUGCCUGGGAGAGGUAAAAGGGAUGCACAAUUUUCGAGCAGACUAUGUACGAAGGGGAAAAGGGAGUAUGCAGACAUAGCGAACAGGGGAAAAGGCAUUUUCCUGGACGCAUGCAAAUCGUCAAAUAAAUACGACAAAAGCUAG